CUAGAGCCCCGGACCCAGGAAGCCCAGGGAGCUGGAGGUGACCCUCAGGCAGCAAGACCUCCAAGGAAGCCUGAAAUCCCUGCUCACAGCUGUGCGUCUCCUGGAGCCGGGCUUCUGUUAGGAGAAAAGACCAGCGCCCAGGAAGCGGCUCAGCGGCAGCUGCUCCAUGAGGAGCUGAAGCUGGUCCUACAGCAGAAGGAGGAAAGGAAACAGGAGCCCGAGGGCCAGGCGACUCUCCGCAGAGCUAUGGAGUCCAGAAGUCGUAGUGCUGAGGAGCUGAGACGAUCCGAGUUGGUGGAGAUUAUCGUGGAGACCGAGGCGCAGACCGGAGUCAGCGGCAUCAACGUAGCGGGUGGCGGCAAAGAAGGAAUCUUCGUCCGCGAGCUUCGCGAGGAUUCACCUGCAGCCAGGAGCCUCAGCUUGCAGGAAGGGGAUCAGCUGCUGAGUGCUCGCGUGUUCUUUGAGAACUUCAAGUAUGAGGACGCACUUCGCCUGCUGCAAUGCGCUGAGCCCUACAAGGUCUCCUUCUGCCUGAAGCGCACUGUGCCCACGGGGGACCUGGCGCUGCGGCCUGGGACGGUGUCUGGCUACGAGAUGAAGGGCCCGCGGGCCAAAGUGGCCAAGCUGAACAUCCAGAGUCUGUCCCCUGUGAAGAAGAAGAAGAUGGUGCCAGGGGCCCUGGGGACCCCUACAGAUUUGGCCCCUGUUGACGUCGAGUUCUCCCUUCCCAAGUUCUCCCGACUGCGUCGGGGUCUCAAAGCCGAGGCUGCCAAGGGACCUGUCCAGGCUGCCCCUGCCCGUCGACGUCUCCAGCUGCCUCGGCUACGUGUCCGAGAAGUGGCCGAAGAGGCCCAGGUAGCCCGAAUGGCGGCUGCUGCUCCUCCCCCGAGGAAGGCAAAGGCAGAGGCCGAGGUGGCCACGGGAGUUGGGUUCACAGCCCCUCAGCUAGAGCUAGUUGGGCCUCGGCUGCCAAGUGCUGAGGUGGGUGUCCCUCAGGUGUCAGCUCCCAAGGGGACCCCGUCAACAGAGGCAGCCAGCGGCUUUGCCCUUCACCUGCCAACCCUUGGGCUAGGAGCCCCAGCUGUACCAGAUGUGGAACCCCCAGCUGUAGGAAUCCAGGUUCCACAAGUAGAGCUCCCCACCUUGCCCUCGCUUCCCACACUUCCAUGCCUGGACACCCAGGAAGGGGCUGCAGUGGUCAAAGUCCCCACCCUGGACGUGGCAGCACCUUCUGUGGGGGUGGACCUGGCUUUGCCAGGUGCAGAGGUGGAAGCCCCUGGAGAGGUACCUGAGGUGGCCCUGAAGAUGCCCCGCCUCAGUUUCCCCCGCUUUGGGGUUCGAGGGAAGGAAGCUACUGAAGCCAAGGUAGUCAAGGGCAGCCCUGAGGUCAAAGCAAAGGGUCCCAGACUUCGAAUGCCCACCUUUGGGCUUUCUCUCCUGGAGCCCCGGCCCUCUGGCCCUGAAGCUGUCCCUGAGAGCAAGCUGAAGCUACCCACCCUCAAGAUGCCCUCUUUUGGCAUUGGUGUGGCUGGGCCUGAGGUCAAGGCACCCAAAGGGCCUGAAGUGAAGCUCCCUAAGGUUCCAGAUGUCAAACUCCCAAAAGUGCCCGAGGCAGGCAUUCCAGAUGUGCGACUCCCGGAGGUACAGCUGCCCAAAAUGUCAGAGAUGAAGCUUCCAAAGAUCCCAGAGAUGGCCGUACUGGACGUUCACCUUCCGGAGGUACAGCUACCCAAAGUCCCUGAGAUGAAAGUCCCAGAGAUGAAGCUCCCAAAGGUGCCUGAGAUGGCCGUGCCUGAUGUACACCUUCCAGAUGUACAGCUCCCGAAAGUUCCAGAAAUGAAGCUCCCAGAAAUGAAACUCCCAAAGGUGCCUGAGAUGGCCAUGCCUGAUGUACGACUCCCGGAAGUCCAGCUGCCCAAAGUGUCAGAGAUGAAGCUCCCUAAGAUGCCCGAGAUGGCUGUACCCGAUGUUCGACUUCCAGAAGUCCAGCUGCCCAAAGUGUCAGAGAUGAAGCUCCCUAAGAUGCCCGAGAUGGCUGUACCCGAUGUUCGACUUCCAGAAGUCCAGCUGCCCAAAGUGUCAGAGAUGAAGCUCCCUAAGAUGCCCGAGAUGGCUGUACCCGAUGUUCGACUUCCAGAAGUCCAGCUGCCCAAAGUGCCAGAGAUUAAAGUGCCUGAUAUGAAACUUCCAGAAAUGAAGCUUCCGGAAAUAAAACUCCCCAAAGUGCCCGAGAUGGCCGUGCCUGAUGUCCACCUCCCAGAACUGCAGCUGCCUAAAGUGUCAGACGUUCGACUGCCUGAGAUUCAAGUGUCACAGGUCCCAGAGGUGCGUCUGCCCAAGGUGCCAGAGAUGAAGCUGUCCGCAGUUCCUGAGGUGCAGAGAAGAGCAGCAGCCGGGGUGGAGCAGGCAGAAGGGACUGAGUUUAGUUUCAAGUUGCCCAAGGUGACAAUGCCCAAGUUUGGGAAGGUGGGCAAGCCCAGUGAGACAGUGACUGAGGUUCCAGGAAAACUCACGACACUUCCCUGUCUGCAGCCAGAGGUGGGCAGUGAGGUGGCCCGAGUUGGGGUCCCCUCCCUCUCUCUGCCCUCUGUGGAGCUUGACUUGCCUGGGGCCCUGGGCCUAGGAGGACAAGUCCAAGAAGCCCCCUCAGGCAAAGUGGAGAAGCCAGAGGGCCCCAGGGCGGGAGCAGGUGUUGGAGAGGUUGGCUUCCGGGUGCCCUCUGUGGAGAUUGUUACUCCACAGUUGCCCACCGUUGAAGCUGAGAAAGAGCAGCUAGAGAUGGUAGAAAUGAAAGUCAAACCCACUUCCAAGUUCUCUCUGCCUAAAUUUGGACUUUCGGGGUCCAAAGUGGUCAAGGCAGAGGUGGAGGGGUCUGGGCGAGCCACCAAGCUGAAGGUAUCCAAGUUUGCUAUCUCGCUCCCCAAAGCUCGAGCGGGGACCGAAGCCGGAGCCAAGGGCACCGGGGAAGCAGGGCUGCUGCCUGCCCUGGACCUGUCCAUCCCACAGCUCAGCCUGGAUGCUCAUCUGCCCUCGGGCAAAGUGGAGGCCGCAGGGGCUGACAGCAAGCCCAAGGGGCCCAGGUUUGCUCUGCCCAAGUUUGGGGUGAAAGGCCGGGACUCUGAAGCCGAAGUACUAGUUGCGGGGGAGGCUGAGCUUGAGGGAAAGGGCCGGGGCUGGGAUGGGAAGGUGAGAGUACCAAAGCUGAAGAUACCUUCUUUUGGGCUGUCCCGAGGGAAAGACGUAGACGUUGAGGAUGGACGGGUUAGCCCUGGGGAGAAACUGGGGGCCAUAGCCGGGCAGCUUAAGAUCCCCGAGGUGGAAUUGGUCACACCAGGAGCUCAGGAGGCAGAGGAGGUCGCCAAUGGAGUGAAAGCGGCAGGCCUGAAGGUGUCCACCACUGGGCAGGUGGUUGCAGAGGGCCAGGCGGGGGUGGUGAGGGCGCCCACACUGGGCAUCUCACUGCCCCAGGUGGAACUGACCAGCUUCCGGGAGACAGGCAUUGACAUGAUAGCCCCUUCUGCAGAGGGCACAGCAGGCUCUAGGGUCCAGGUGCCACAGGUGACACUGGAGCUGCCUGGAACCCAGGUGGCAGGUGGUGAUCUGUUAGUGGGUGAAGGCAUCUUCAAGAUGCCCACAGUGACGGUGCCCCAGCUAGAGCUGGAUGUGGGGUUGAGCCAUGAAGCCCAGGCUGGUGUCACAGCCAAGAAUGAGGGCGGAUUGAAGCUGAAGUUGCCCACGCUGGGGGCAGGGGGCAGAGGAGAGGGUACUGAGCAUCAGGACCCCGGGGCACAGCGUACCUUCCAGCUCUCGUUGCCUGACGUGGAACUCACUUCCCCAGUGAGCACCCACGCUGAGUACCAAGUGGUCGAAGGUGAUGGGGAUGCGGGACACAAACUCAAGGUUCGGCUGCCCCUGUUUGGUCUGGUGAAGGCUAAGGAAGGAACAGAAGCUGGAGAAAAGGCUAAAAGUCCGAAGCUCAGGCUGCCCAGAGUGGGCUUCAGCCAAAGUGAGUCGGUCUCUGGAGAAGGCUCUCCGAGCCCUGAGGAGGAGGAAGAGGGUAGUGCAGAAGGGGCUUCCGGUCGCCGUGGUCGGGUCAGGGUCCGAUUGCCUCGUGUAGGUUUGGCUUCCCCUUCUAAAGUGUCUAAGGGGCAAGAAGGUGAGGCAACCUCCAAGUCCCCAGUUGGGGAGAAGUCACCCAAAUUCCGCUUUCCCAGAGUGUCGUUAAGCCCCAAGGCCCGGAGUGGGAGUAGGGACAGGGAAGAAGGUGGAUUCAGGGUCCGACUGCCCAGUGUGGGGUUUUCUGAAACAGCAGCUCCAGGCUCCACAAGGGUGGAGGGGACGCAGGCUGCUGCCCUCUGAAGCCCUGGACAGAUGUGGAUUCCUCUCUUGCCUUCCCAUCCCCCAGUCCAACCCCACCCCCAUUCUGUGUGACAUUACUACUAGCACUAAUCUUCAGAGGGCUCGGAGGUGGGCAUCUGACUCAGCCAGGAGCCAGUGGCCCGUGCCAUCUCGUUAGCAGAAGUGCCUGUAUAUCAUGCCAAACUAUGUGAAUAAAAUAAU